UGUUAAAUGUUUGAUCUGCAUGACAGGGAUGAAAAACAUGUUAUUUCAAAGCUGAGAUACAUUUCCUAUAUGAGGGAAUCAGAAUGACUUUAGCCCCAGGUCCCCCAGAUCCAGCCUUCACAUUGCGGGGGAGUGGCAGUCCCAUUACAUGUCUGAAGUUUACAGACCAGACAGAUCAGAAGCUUUACUCCGGGUCUCAGGAUGGAACUAUCCACAUCUGGGACAUGAAAAUCCACAGACCAGUUGGAACACUGGAGGCCCACACUGGACAGUCAGUUCUGUGGAUUGAGUUCAUCAGCAGUGAUGAGAUGGUGACGUUUGGAAAAAAUGGCAUUGCUAGUAUAUGGAAAGCUGCAGAAUCAAGUUGGACACUUACAAAUAACAUUCAUACAUCUGUAAUGGGAUUUUGUCCUGGUGCACUGCUGAAACAAGACAAUUUACUGGCUCUUCCCAGUGAGGAAACAUCAGCAGUUGAUAUAUAUGAUAUUAAAACUUGGAAGAAAGUUGGAUGUUUCCUUGAUUCUGGUUCUAAACUUGGAAUGACUAUGAGUAUUAAGUCAAUUUCUGAUACAUCUCAAUUUUUUAUUGGAUAUGAAGAUGGUACCAUUGGAUUUUGGGAUUGCAAACAUUCUCGAAUCUUGGACAAGGCUAAAUUCUUUGAAGAAUGUGUGAUGUGUCUUGAUUACAGCUCUGGUGCUAAUCUUGGAAUCUGUGGAUCUCCAAGUAAUUUGUUAUCAACUUGGAACAUUACUGAAAACCAGAUUAAUAGGGGAACCAAUUAUGAAGUGAAAAACCCAGGAUUUAAUGAUGUAAGAAUUCGUAAUGACCAAAAAAUAUUAGCCACAGCAGGGUGGGAUCAUCAGGUACGAAUCUUUGGCGUGAAGAAACUGAAGCCUUUAGCUGUAUUGUCCUACCACAAGGACAGUGUUCAAUGUCUGGCUUUUUCCAAGGACAAUAUGCUAGCAUGUGGUUCUAAGGAUCAACAUAUCAGUCUCUGGAAACUUUACUAAAUUAUUAUAGUAGUGUAUGACUAUUUGUUUUUCAUACUGAAUCAAUUAAAACAAUUUUUUAUUUCUGUUUUUUUUAACUGCAUUUUUAUUUUUA